AUACAUUUAUGUCUUCUUUGACAGCAUCUAUUUUCUUGACUUAAAAUCAACAUUUUAAAAUUAUUGAAGAGAAUUGAAUGGGUAGAAAUUUUCAUAAAUUUCGUCUACUCUUUUGGAAGAAUUAUCUUUUACAACGAAGACAUCCAAUACAAACCUUAAUCUUUAUCUUAGUUCCUGUUUUAUUCGUUGCGCUCUUAGUUUUCAUACGAAGGUUGGUUAAUCCGGAAGAACGAGGCAGAUUAGAAUUUAAGGGAUUCUCGCCAGUUAUAAACCCCGGAGACUUGGUACCAGAUGCUAAACUUUUUUGGUCACCCUGUAAAAAUGCCGAGUUAAAUACCAUUAUGAGUAAUAUUGAUAACAAGUAUAUUUCACUAUCCCAAUCGUGCGUUGAUAACUCCACUGAAUUACAACGAACAUUAGAAUUAAAUGAAGAUGUUAUGUUUGCUGGCGUACAAUUUGAUGAUAUGUUAAGUGAUAAGGAUAAUAUUACUAAAGAUAUGGAAGUUAUUUUAAGAUUUCCCGGAGAGUUGCGCACCGCCGGAAGUACAUCUCCGUCUUCAAAUAAUUGGUUUACUCACUUAAUAUUUCCUAUACAUCAAAUACCAGGACCCAGAGAUUACAACAACAACUUUGGUUCAACACCGAAUUAUUACUUCGAAGGAUUCUUAAGUUUGCAACACGACAUUUCCUUAGAAAUUAUUAAUAUGCACAUGGCACGAGAAAAUGUUGCUAGAAAAAAUCUGCCAACAAUUAUAAUGCAGCGAUAUCCAUAUCCAGCUUGGAUUAGCGAUUCUUUAUUAGAAGACAUGAAACGUCUCGUAGGAAUGUUUGUUAUGUUUGGUUUCAGUUAUGCUUGCACCAACACCGUUAAGGUAAUCACAUACGAAAAAGAAACGCAGUUGAAGGAAGCGAUGAAAAUCAUGGGGUUACCAAAUUAUUUACAUUGGAUGGCGCGAUUUUUUAACACACUCACCUUACUUUUAAUUUCUAUUAUUUCUAUGGUGAUAUUGAUGAAGGUUUCUUGGUAUCAAGAUUCUCAUGUUAGCGUUUUUACCUACAGCGAUGGUAUGGUAUUGUUUGUGUUUUUGUUGUUUUAUAUUUUUUCGACUAUUACCUAUUGUUUUCUUAUUAGCGUUUUCUUUACGAAAGCUAACACCGCUUCUACCGUUGCUGCAUUGGUAUGGUUCUUAUCUUAUUGCCCCUAUUUAUUCCUUGCCGAAAGUUAUAACAACUUGAGUUUAUCCUUAAAACUCCUUGCUAUGCUUGGGGGUAACACCGCAUUAGCUUAUGGGUUUCAAUUAUUUGUUAUGUUUGAAGGAACAGGAGAAGGGAUACAAUGGAACUCCAUUUUCAGUUCAGUCCAUGCGAAUGACACUCUAACUUUAGGACAUGUUAUUAUAAUGCUGAUAAUUGACGCAAUAAUUUAUUUAUUAAUUGCUAUGUACAUAGAAUCGGUAUUUCCUGGGAAAUAUGGAUUAGGUAAACCUUGGUAUUACCCAUUUGCUGCUUCUUAUUGGUGUCAUCAACGAUUUAAAAGUAAGAUUUAUUUUAUUCGCAAUCCAAUCCGUAUUUUAUUUCAUAUUGAAGAAGUUGAAGACGAAAUUGAUAGAAUAGAAGAAACUGAUACGUACGAAAAUGAACCGAUUAAUUUAAACCCCGGGAUAAGAAUUAAACAUUUAACAAAAAUUUAUUCGAAUAAAAACGUCGCCGUUCGCGAUUUAUCCUUAAACAUGUUCGAAAAUCAAAUUACGGUUUUAAUUGGCCAUAACGGUGCGGGAAAAACGACGACUAUAUCGAUGUUAACGGGGAUGCUAAUUCCAACUUCCGGUACGGCUGUAAUAAAUGGUUAUGAUGUAAGGACUAAAAUUAAUAACGUUCGGGAUAGUUUGGGGUUUUGCCCACAACAUAACAUUCUUUUCGAUGAUUUAACCGUUAAAGAACAUUUAUAUUUCUUCACCAAGUUAAAAGGAGUCACGCAUAAACAAGAAGUCGAAGAUGAAAUUAAGAAGUAUAUUGAUCUCUUAGAUUUAUCCACUAAGACUAAUAAAAAAUCAAAAACAUUAUCUGGUGGCAUGAAAAGAAAAUUAUGUGUUGGAAUUGCUUUAUGUGGCAACUCUAAAGUGUGUAUGUUCGAUGAACCAACGGCGGGUAUGGAUCCUGCUACCAGAAGAGUUGUGUGGGAUUUAAUUCAUCAACAAAAAAAGGAUCGAACGAUUUUGUGGAGUACACAUUACAUGGAUGAAGCCGAUUUAUUAGGCGAUAGGAUUGCAAUUAUUUCUGGAGGUAAAUUGCAAUGUUUUGGAACAAGUUUUUUCCUCAAAAAAAAAUACGGUGCUGGAUACUCGUUAGUGAUGGAAAAGAAACCAAAUUGCAACGUAAACGAUAUCACGAAUCUUCUUAGAAAAUAUAUCCCUAACAUUGAAGUACAAAGCGAUGUUGGCUCAGAAUUAACCUACCUUUUACCCAAAGAACAAUCCGCGGUUUUUCGAGAAAUGCUGGAGGAUUUCGAAAAUCAAGCAAAUAGAUUACAAAUUGCCACUUUUGGAAUAUCAUUAACAACAAUGGAAGAAGUAUUUAUGAAAGUUGGUGCCGAUCAUCACAAAGAAGAAGAAAGCGAUUCACGUAAUAUUAACAAUUCUUCAUAUACGAGAUUGAAUAUAAGUGAUAAUUUCACUGUAACUGGAUUCCGAUUAAAAAUCAAUCAAACGAUGGCUAUGAUGAUGAAGAAAAUGUUAUCAACAUUUAGAUCAUGGUUGUUAUUUCUGAUUCAAAAUGUGAUUCCCAUAGUGUUCUUGAUUAUUGCUAUUUCAGUAGCGAAAUUUAAAAAUAACGAUACAGAACCUGCCAGAUUAGAUUUAUCAUUAGAUACUUAUCUAAAUCCUAUCACCCCAAUUACUACUACUGAUUUAAACGACCCGUUCUAUAACAGAUAUAAGAAGAUUUUAACGAAAGAAAACCGAAAAAUAUUAGAUUGGGGGCAGGAAAAUUUCACAACGAAUUUAUUAAAUCUCGGAGAAACCUUAAUUAAUAUUAUAAGAAUGCGUUAUAUAAUAGGAGCUAGUUUUGAUGGUGACAAAAUUAUAAGCUUUUUUAAUAAUGAACCCUAUCAUUCACCUCCACUUGCCUUGCAAUAUACUAUUAAUUCAGUUUUGCAGGAGAUUAUGAAUUCGGAUAAAUACAAUAUUAGGAUCAGUAAUCAUCCUAUUCCUUAUAAUGAUCAAACUCAGUCCGAUCGAAUGACUCGUUCAGACACAAUAGGAUACCAAUUAGCUUUUAAUAUGGGUUUUUGCAUGGCUAUAAUAUCCCCAUUUUACAUCCUUUUCUACGUUAGAGAACGUGUCUGCAAAUCUAAACACCUUCAAUUUGUUUCUGGCGUAAAUAUAAGCGUAUACUGGGUAACAGCGUAUCUUUGGGAUUUUUUAACAUUUCUAUUUACUUGUAUUUGUUUGAUAAUAACAUUAGCGUGUUUACAAGAACCGGGAUUUGCUACAUUUGACGAAUUGGGGAGAGUGUUCUUGUUGCUAAUAUUGUUUGGUUUCGCAAUGUUACCACAGGCUUAUUUGUUGGCGUUUAAAUUCGAAGUUCCUUCAACUGCAUACGUCGUUUUAACAUUCAUUAAUAUAUUUUUUGGUCUCAUCGUGUUUGUGUUUAUGCAAAUUUUAAAGUUACCAAGUAUGAAUUUAACGAAAUUAACGGACGCGUUGCAUUGGACAUUUCUUUUGGUGCCGCAUUAUGCUGUGGCAAGUGGUUUUCACGAGAUAUAUCUAAAGUACACUAUCAAUAAAAUUUGUGCUCGAUGGGAUGAUUUUAGUGAAGGUUUAAGCUGCGGUAUUAAUCCAACUAUGUGUUGUGAUAAUGAUGAGUUAUAUCUUGGGUGGGACAAUAAUGGAAUCGGAAGGAAUAUUACGUUCUUAGUUAUAACAGCAUCCGUUUUAACUUUGUUGUUAAUGUUAAUCGAAUACAGGAUUUUUGAAAAAAUUAUGUAUGUGUUUAGAACGAAAACAUUUUGGGUUCCUCAAUCUGAUGAUGUGGAUGAUUCCGAUGUUUUAGAGGAAAAGAUUAAAGUAAGAGAUGGAGAGAUUAAUAAAGAAGAUUAUACUGUCGUGUUAAAAGAUAUUACAAAAUUUUAUGGGAAGAUUUUGGUUGUUAAUCAGCUAUGUUUGGGUAUUAAAGGAGGUGAAUGUUUUGGUUUACUCGGAGUCAACGGUGCCGGCAAAACAACCACGUUUAAAAUGAUAACGGGUGAUGUUCCUAUAUCCAGUGGUGAUGCUUGGAUUUGUGGUUUAAACGCUAAAACAAAAAUGAAAAAAAUUAAUAAGCUAAUUGGGUAUUGUCCCCAAUUCGAUGCAUUAUUAGAUGAUUUCACCGGAAAGGAAACCUUGGUCAUGUACUGCUUAUUAAGAGGAGUCACCUAUAAUGACAGCAAAUAUCUUGCGGUUAACUUAGCUAAAGAAUUCGAUUUUUUUGAACACAUCCAUAAAAAAGUUCAUAAAUACAGCGGUGGUAACAAAAGGAAGUUAAGCGCGGCCAUCGCUUUAAUUGGACAUCAUCCGGUUGUAUUCAUGGACGAACCAACUACUGGUAUGGACCCUGCAACAAAACGUAACGUCUGGAACAUUUUAUGCCGCAUCCGAGAAAGUGGAAAAUGUUUAGUGUUAACUACACACAGCAUGGAAGAAUCCGAAGCUUUAUGCACGAGAUUAGCCGUUAUGGUGAAUGGAUCAUUUAAAUGUCUUGGGACCACCCAACAUUUGAAGAAUAAAUUUUCGCAAGGAUAUACGUUAACUGUGAAGGUUCAAAAAAUGAAUGCAGAGCUUCAAGACGAAGAUAUCGAACGUAUAGAUACAUUUAUUAAAAGCAACUUUUCUUCGGCCAUUUUAAGAGAGAGUCAUCAAGAUUUAAUAACUUUCGAUAUUCCUGAUACGGAAGGUUUGAGGUGGUCAGAAAUGUUUGGAAUUAUGGAGGAUGCAAAACAAUCGUUGAAUAUUACAGAUUACUCUUUAACCCAAUCAAGUUUAGAACAAAUUUUCUUAUAUUUCACAAAGUUUCAACGGGAGGUAUAAAAUUAAUUAAAAAUAUAACGAAAUAUAUGAUAUAUAUAAAUAAUAUAGGUGGCUUUGACGCAAUUUAUGUAAUUCCUAAAAUUCACGCGAGAUGUCCCCAAAGUCAGCGGCCAUUUUGGAAGUGUUGGUUUGAUUUUUGAACGUGACAAUGUCUGAGCAAUUGCGAUUUUGCAAAGGGUGCUCUAAACAGCUUAAAAUUUACGUAAAAUGUUUUGAAUGCGACUCAAUUUAUCAUUUCGCGUGUUUUGAUCAACAACCGAACCGUAUCAUAGCGCCAGAUAAUAAGCUAUACUGUUGUAAAGAUGUUACUGUUAACAUAACCUCAAAUAACAGUUCAAAUUUUAAAAAUGAAGAUGUGAAGAACGACGACGAAAUAAAAGAUGUCGCGGUAACUCAAAACAAAAUUGAAAAAACUGAUAGUAAAAAACAAAAAGGCGUUAAAUGUGUUGUUAAAAAGUGUAAACGUAACGAAGAUGUAAAGGUUCCAGAGAAAUACGAUUGCGUUAAAUGUCCGUUCUCGACAAAAUGGUACACUUCGUUGAAACAACAUGAACUGCUACAUAGUGUUGAAAAAAAAUAUGAAUGCCUUAUGUGUGGAAAAAAGUUAAAGCAACAUUCCCAACUGUAUAAUCACGAAAAAAUGUGUAGGUCAAGAAUGAAAACGGAUUUAUUUGAGUAAUUAUUUAUUAAUGUUAAAUGUUUAAUUAUAUGAAGUUGUUAUCUGCUAAAUUUAUUAAA